AUGACGCAGAAUGGUGCAUCACUUGAAUAUGGGUCGAUCUCCAGGAUCACGGAGGAUUUGCUGGCGAUGGCAAGACCCAAUCAAGAGGCGCUGGAGAAGAAGGGACUCAUCCAGCUCUUCCUCGAGCAGGGGAUUCGAUCCGUGGUGAAUCUGCAGAUGCCCGGGGAGCACGGCUCGUGUGGACCGCCUCUCCUUGAAUCCGGAUUCACCUAUGACCCUGCCUUCGUCAUGCAACACGGCUUGUUUUACUACAACUACGCGUGGAAGGACUACAGUCCAUCGACGUUGAUGUCCCUGUUGGACAUGGUGAAGGUGAUGGCGUUUGCCGUCUCCGAAGGGAAGGUCGCCGUCCACUGUCAUGCCGGACUUGGAAGGACCGGGGUGCUGAUCGCUUGCUACCUGGUCUAUUCCCUUCGAGUGCGAGCAAACGAUGCCAUUCGCUACAUUCGACUGAAGAGACCGAACGCCGUCCAGACCCGCGGCCAGAUUCUCAUCGUCCAGGAAUUCGCCCAGUUCAUCCUCCCACAGAGCUAUGUGUUCUGCAAUCGGCAUUUCACAAAGAACAAGAAGGAGCUGGAUUUCACACUACUUCAGUAUCUGAAUCGGCAGAAGUUCAUUCUCCAUGGAUAUGAGGCGCGAGCCCUCAAGAAUCUUCCCAAGGUCGUGUACGUGAUCUGCGAGCGCUUGAUUCGACUCUGCAGCGCAGGUCCACCGGCAUCGGUGUCGGAUUACGCCUUGGUUGGACCGAAUUUUACACAGUUCUUCCUUUCGGCAAGCUUGGACUCAGAACCUGCUGAUCCUCCUAACGGGAAGAUACCUUCCUCUCAAGAUGAUCUCUCAACACCAUUCAAUACAGGAGUAGGGAGUUUGAGCGACGACGACAUGGACUCGUACGACCUGACCUCGGGAUGUCCGAGUGCAUCCCACGACGGUCGUAUUUUCGUGUCCGAUCAAGACCAAGACUCUCUUUGCCUCACGCCCGAUAUGCCCUCCUGUUCCUCCGCUUUUACCGAAGAUCCACCGGUGGAUUACGUUUACACCUUCCAGUAUUGCCACGACUUAAUCACACUUCCAUUAACUCCGCCCCCUCUGAAAGGUUUGGACGAUAGUGCCCUGGAUUCCCUGUUGGGAGAUGGAAUCCAAAAUCAGAGCCUGUCCGAGAAUCCCGUCUUUCAAGAACUCUCUUCCCACAGCGACCUCCGGAGCGUGACCAAGGAACCCGUUGAGGUGCUGAACGUGGAAUCGGUGUACGAGGCGUUGAUAGCCGACGAGGCGGGAGUAGAGGGAUUGAAGAAAGCUGUUCUUCGAUAUCGGCUAGACCUGAACGCCAGGACUUCCGCCUAUCUGCGACUGUCGAAUGAAUGUAAUGUCCUUCUCCUCUCUGCUCUGCUCUGGGCCUGGUUCGAGACCUUGAAGAUCCCUAGCCUCACCAAGGAUCAUCUCGCCUACAUCGUCAUCUCCGCCGACAAGCCCCAGAUUUGUCUCAAGAGGCUCGAACCGGGAGUUAGGUACACGUUGGAGUACCUUGUGCGAUUCGUGGCGCGAUUGCGACCGUUGUCACGCCAGCAGCACGAGGAUAUCCUCCGACGUAUACUGGCUAGUAUGACCCAUCAAGGAGUUCCCAUCAACGGCAACCUCAGACCUUCCGGGAAAUAUAAGAAACUGAGGGAAGGAACGCUGAGGAAAAUGAUGGAAUUCCUCAUGAAAUUUUACGACCUGGUCUGUGAGAAUCCCGUCUCCCUCAAACGACCUUCAAGUCUGGGAAGCGUGCUGUCGACGAGUCUCUCCUCUACCCUCAUUCAUUGGUAA